AUCGUCAAUUGAAAAGAAAAAAGACAACGAAAAUAGUAGAAGCAAAAACAUGACUAAGCUCGAUAUCUCGUCGGCAUUAUUUGCGUGUGCUGCGGUAUGAAUCGUAUGAUCACUCUAACAAGAUCCGAUUAAAACCAAACGGAAGAUCCAACAUCUCCAGCAUACCUUUCUGACUUUCUAUUUCGGAAACGAAAAUGCUUGGUGAGACCAGUUGCCCAAUGAAGGAGGAUUUUAUCAUGGCUGAUCCUCAGCAUGCAUGCAGUAAUUGUAGUAUUUCAAUGGUGUCUGGCAACCGUUGGGUUUGCAACCAGUGCGAGAAUUUUCAGAUCUGUGAUAGGUGCUAUGAAGUGGAAUUAAAACGUGAAGAGAGAGAAAGACAUCCUAUUGAUCAAAGGCAGAGUCAUACCCUUUAUCCAAUUGAAAUCAAUGAUGUUCCAGUUGAUACGAAGGACAUAGAUGAUAUUCUCGAGAGUGAAUUCUUUAAUACUAGAACAUUUCAUAAUCCGACGGCUCCUGCAUUUGUCACUACCUGUAAUAUAUGCGAUCUUGACAUAGAAACUGGCCAAGGGUGGCGUUGUGAAGUUUGCCCCAAGUAUGAUGUAUGUAAGUCUUGUUAUCAAAAGGAUGGAGGCAUUGAUCAUCCCCAUAAGUUGACAAAUCAUCCAUCAAUGGCAGAUUGUGAUGCUGAGAACAAAGAAUCAAGGCAGCUUCGAGAAUUGAAGCUACGGAAAAUGCUUGAUCUACUUGUGCAUGUACCCCGAUGUCGUUCUGCACAUUGCCAGUAUCCAGAUUGCCGCAAAAUAAAGGAGCUUUUCCGCCAUGGGAUGCAAUGCAAAACACGUGCAGCUGGAGGUUGUGUUCGUUGUAGGAAAAUGUGGUAUUUGCUUCAACUCCAUGCUCAUGCUUGCAAGGAAUCGAGGUGCCGUGUGCCACGUUGCAGAGAUUUGAAAGAGCAUUCAAGGGGAUCACAGCAACAGUCUGAUUCACGGCGUAGGGCUGCUAUAACGGGGAUGAUGAGGCAGUGAGCUGCAGAGGUUGCCAAUCAGGGAUUAGUAUCUUUUUGCAUGUUUUGCAUUUAAUAAACAAUCGUGCUGUUUGUCGGAUAGCACCUGCAGAUCAGUUUUUUUCUUGUUAUUGAUCAUUAGUCCUCUAUGAUUUACAGCAAUGGAAGGUUUCAGUGUAUACACUAGCCUGUCCAGAUGUUAUAUAAAAUAAAUAUGUAUAUGAAAUGAAGAUAUUUAUUAAAAUAUCCUUAGUUAUUAAAGAAAAUGUUGUUAAAGUUUCAA